AUAGUCAAAUAGGAAUGCUCCUUACCUAAACCUUUACUGGGCGAUCAUGUCUUCUAGCUUAGGUUAACCCAGCUAACAGAGAAAUCCUGCUACGUGGAAAACCCCCUGAUCCAUGCCAAUGCUGAAACCAAACCUACGCUCUUGGGCAGGGGGUCGUCAUUAGAAUGGUUAAUACAAGUAGUGCCGUGCUACUAUAUAUUAUAUAUUGUAAUGCAAGCCUGAUGUUAUUUAGGAUUUGUGGAACUUUGUAGUGUAAUAAUUCAGUUACGGGUUGUGAUUAAAUUCAGUUGUUAUCAUGUAUGUGUACUGGUGACUGUACUUUACUUUGAGUUAACCGUUGUAAGUUCUGUAUUCAAAUGCAGAACAGAAUUAAACCUUCAUGGCCUCGCUAUGAAACCUCCAGCUACGCGGUAAAAACAGCAUAUUUGGUGACAAAAAAAAUAUGAGAGCACUGGUGUGUGUGGCCCUGCCGGCCACUGCUAUGAGGAAAUAUGCUUCCACGGUCUUCCCUGCACCUGCUGCUGCCGGUGCGGUUUUUAAAUUUAGCGCCGCGUUCGCUCCCCGCAGCCCCGGUGUCGGCUGGGCUCUGACGCACUCGGCUGGCCGCAUAGAGGUUCAAUAGUCUGAAUGGCGAUUGCAGCAGACUCGCAGGGCAGAGGCGGCGGAGCGUACGGCGAGCUCAAUACGACUCAAACCGCGGUUAAAAUGCGCGAUAUGUGCAAGGUUACCUCGCCAUAAGAUGGAGGAUAGCUUCGACUGCGACUGUGGUGAGCUGGAGCCACCUGAUCACUGAGAGGUGGAUUGGCGUUUAGCUGCUGGACUUCUGUCUCUUAAACAGGCUGUAGAAAACCAAGCUGAAUAAAACUUUUGUGCCCGCUGGCACAGAAGAAUUAUGCGACUCAGGACCACUCAUACACUGAAUGUAUCUGCACUGUGAUAUUACCUGCUUCAUUCCAUUGUGUUCCUUCAGACACUAAUAAAAACAUAAAGGCUUCGCAAAGGAACGCUCCAUUAUUUUUUCCUUAUUUUUUUGGCCUUUUGAGUAAUGACUAAACGACUUACCUACAUAUCAAAGAAAUUCACCAGGCUUUGCUGGGGGCAUAGCUGAAGGGCACAGUAAGAACUCUGUGGGCCUCAGUGGCUGUUUAUAAUUAGUUAUAAAUAAUUAGUUAAGGAAAAAAUAGGUGGUUAUUUUUAUUUUUUCCCCUGAAAUGUCUUACAUAGAGUUUUAAAUAUUCUUUAAUAAAAAUAGAACUCAAGCCCCUUUCUCAGUUGUUUCGGCGUUUGAUCGUAACCGGUUGAGCACUUAAACUCUGCUCCUGUGAAAUGGCUGAGAAGUUUGAAAGUCUCAUGAACAUCCAUGGCUUCGAUCUGGGCCCCCGUUACAUGGACCUUAAGCCUUUGGGCUACGGCGGCAGCGGCCUGGUCUUCUCCGCCGUGGACAAUGACUGUGACAAGCGGGUGGCGGUUAAGAAGAUCGUGCUCACCGACCCCCAGAGCGUGAAGCACGCCCUGAGGGAGAUCAAGAUCAUCCGGCGUCUGGACCACGACAACAUCGUGAAGGUUUUUGAGACGCUUGGCCCCAGUGGCCGGCAGCUGACAGAGGACGUGAGCUCCCUGACGGAGGUCAGCUCGGUCUACAUCGUGCAGGAGUACAUGGAGACAGACCUGUGCAAGCUUCUAGAGCAGGGGCUGCUGUCUGAGGGUCACGCACGGCUCUUCAUGUACCAGCUGCUGAGGGGCCUGAAGUACAUCCACUCCGCCAAUGUUCUGCACAGGGACCUCAAACCUGCCAACCUCUUUGUCAACACAGAGGACCUUGUCCUGAAGAUCGGGGACUUCGGCCUCGCCAGAAUCAUGGAUCCACACUAUUCACACAAGGGUCAUCUCUCUGAAGGACUGGUCACAAAGUGGUACCGAUCUCCCCGACUCCUGCUGUCUCCAAACAACUAUACCAAAGCCAUCGAUAUGUGGGCUGCCGGCUGCAUCUUUGCCGAAAUGCUGACGGGAAAGACGCUCUUUGCAGGUGCCCACGAGCUGGAGCAGAUGCAGCUGAUCCUGGAGUCCAUCCCUGUGAUCCAUGAGGAGGACCGACAGGAGUUGCAGAGCGUCAUCCCUGUUUUUGUCCGCAAGGACAUGUCCGUGCCCCAGACUCCGCUGGCCAAGCUGCUUCCCGGGGCCAGCAAGGAGGCUUUGGACUUCUUGGGGAAAAUCUUGACUUUCAAUCCCAUGGACCGCCUUACGGCUGAAGAGGCCUUAGCCCACCCCUACAUGAGUGACUACUCCUUCCCGCUAGACGAGCCCAUCGCCAACCACCCCUUCCAUAUUGAGGAUGAGGUGGAUGACAUCUUGCUAAUGGAUGAGACCCACAGUCAAGUGUACAACACCUGGGACAGAUAUCAUGACAGUCAGUUCUCAGACCAAGACUGGCAUCUGCAUAGUACUCAUGAAGCAGACAAUGUCCAGCUGGACCCCCGAGCCAUGUCAGAAGUGACUGACGAAGAGGAGGUUCGGGUUGACCCGCGCAAGUACCAGGAUGGGGACCGGGAGAAAUUUCAGGACGACCCAGUGUUUGAUUCCUUCUUUGCCUCAGAGUUCUCUUGGCAGGCAGAAGAGCACCACGAAAACAAAUAUUGCGACCUGGAAUGUGGACACACCUGCAACUACAAAGCUGUCUCUCCCUCAUACCUGGAUAACUUGGUGUGGCGUGACAGUGAGGUCAACCAUUACUACGAGCCCAAGCUCAUCAUUGACCUGUCCAACUGGAAGGAACAGAGUAAAGAAAAGGCAGACAAGAAGGGAAAGUCCAAAUGCGAGAAAAACGGCUUGGUCAAGGCCCAAAUUGCGCUUGAGGAAGCUUCUCAGGAUCCUGCUGAGAAGGACAAGCAGCAGGAGAAGCACCAAGGCUUUGACUUUGACUCCUUCAUUGCCGGCACCAUCAAGCUCAGCCUACAGCCAGAUUCCUGUGAGGUGGGCCUUCUCAAUGAACUGAACAGCUCUGUCUCACAGCUGGAGACCAAGAGCCCCGUCCCAAAGUCCAUCAGCCAAGAGAAGGAAGAGAAGUGCCUGGUGAACCUGGCCCAGCUGGAAGGCCGGACGCCCCAGCCCUGGGAGAGCUUUAGCUGUGCGGACAUUACUGGAGAAGAGAGCUGCUUGAUUGACGAAGUUUGCUGGGAUGUGAGGAAGGAUGAGCAGCUGCAGAAGGAGACCACCUGCACGAGCUAUUUGGACAGGCUGUUCAGUAAGAAGGAGGAGGCGCAAGAGCCAGCGGCAGUGGAGGUGGAUGAGGGCUUUGUGACCAGAAAUGGAGAGCUUGUGUUUAACGUGCAGCUGGACUCCUUGGCAGUUCCCCGGUUUGAGAGCCCUGCUGAUUCUCCCCUGAAGUCCAUACAGACGACCCUGACGCCCUCAGCCAUAAAGUGUUCCCCUCAAAUCGCCCAUAAAACCUAUAGUAGCAUUUUAAAACAUCUGAAUUAA